UGCAAGCCAGCAGUAAGCCGCAGCAGGUCUUCCAGUUUAAGUCUUACAGUUGAAAGUGCUUUAGAAAGCUUUGAUUUCCUGAAUACCUCUGAUUUUGAUGAAGAAGAGGAUGGUGAUGAGGUUUGUAAUGUUGGAGGAGGUGCUGAUUCAGUAUUUUCAGACACUGAGACUGAAAAAAACAGUUACAGGUCAGUUCACCCGGAAGCCAGGGGGCACCUUAGUGAAGCGCUGACUGAAGACACAGGAGUUGGGACCAGUGUGGCAGGAAGCCCUCUCCCACUGACCACAGGAAAUGAGAGCCUGGACAUCACCAUCGUUAGGCACCUACAGUACUGCACCCAACUCGUUCAGCAAAUUGUUUUCUCAAGCAAAACCCCAUUUGUGGCAAGAAACCUCUUAGAGAAGCUUUCUAGGCAGAUCAAAGUGAUGGAGAAACUAGCAGCUGUCAGCGAUGAGAACAUAGGAAACAUCAGUUCUGUGGUUGAAGCCAUACCAGAGUUUCACAAAAAGCUGUCCUUGCUGUCAUUCUGGACCAAGUGCUGCAGCCCGGUUGGUGUCUACCACAGCUCAGCUGACAGAGUGAUUAAGCAGCUGGAGGCCAGCUUUGCCAGAACUGUCAACAAAGAGUAUCCAGGACUGGCAGACCCAGUGUUUCAAACCCUGGUGUCCCAGAUUCUGGACCGGGCUGAGCCUCUGCUUUCCUCCACCCUCUCCUCAGAAGUCAUCACCGUUUUCCAGUAUUACAGUUACUUUACCAGCCACGGUGUGAGCGACCUAGAGAAUUACCUGAGCCAGCUGGCCAGGCAAGUUUCCAUGGUUCACACUCUGCAAUCACUAAGAAAUGAAAAACUGCUACAGACCAUGAGUGCCCUUGUGCCUGGCACCCUCCCGGCCCAGCAGGAAGUACUCAGGACUUUGGCUUUGCUGUUAACCAGAGGCGACAACGAAGUUAGUGAGGCUGUGACACUUUACUUGGCAGCAGCCUCCAAAAAUGAGCAUUUCAGGGAAAAGGCUACUGAAAGCAUUAAAAUGCUGGUGACACUGUGUCAGUCUGAUACUGAAGAAAUCAGAAAUGUGGCCUCAGAAACCCUCUUGUCUCUUGGAGAAGACGGGAGGCUGGCAUAUGAACAGUUGGACAAAUUUCCUCGAGACUGUAUUAAAGUUGGAGGUCGUCACGGAGCCGAAGUUGCCACAGCCUUUUAAUUACAAGCUAACUCUGGUAACAGCCGUCAUAAUAUCUGGCUCUUUUCAUCAAGAUGGUGCUGUGAUUUAGCUAGAAAGUGUUUAGAACUUGAAGAGCCCUGCUGAGGUUGUCUGGAAAUUUAAUAUGUUAUAGAAAGAAUUCAAAGUCCACUUUCACAGUAUCUAUCUACUUUUCCUUUGGCCAAUAGAAUAGAGCUGUAUAUAAUUCUGUAGAUUACAUUGUUGGUUGUGUCUGAA